ACAAACGAAUGCUCAUGGCGUUUGGCGUGAAGCACACAGUACUCGCCGUGAUCGUGUCAGCCGCCGCGAUCGUGUUAUCCUCGGGCGAGGCGGCAAAAGAGCCCGACACCGUGCCGGAUUGUGACAUCUUGUACAACAUUGGCUUCCUGCUCUACGCCGACGUGAUGCGCAACCACCAAGAUGCGAUUGACAGGUGCCUCGGGUACAGCAACUUCGCCAACGCAAUCCUUGACGGCCGACCCCCGAACCGGGAGGAACUGACCAAGUUCUUCAAGAGCGACGACUGCCGUCAAGUCACGAAUCUCAUGCUUGCUAAGGUCAAGGAGAAUGGCGACAAGUGCACGCUUGGAGCGUACAAGAUCGAGUUGGGACAGUUGGCAUCGUUGUCAUUCGACGACCUUGCCGCCGUCUACGCUCCUUUCCUUGGCCCUUCCACCGAGGACGCCAGGUUAGUGUAAUCCGUCUAUAAGUGUACUUCGUGUCGACAUGCCAAGCUCCAUGUCGUCGUCCAUGCCUCGUGCACCAUCUUGGAAGUGGCGUAUCGCCGUCAAGAUACGGACGGUCAAUUGCGCGUUGUGGCUUUAGAGUACUCUUGAGUGACCUAACGACGAUAUUUAUCGGCAGCUUUGUCUCCACCAUGGCACGGAACGGAAUCGCGCUCCCGAUUUUUUGACAUUCCAAACGGCAUGAGCAUCCGACCGUGCCAAUUGUAGACCACAAGACGAUUUCAACAGUUCCUGCGCGACUCGUCGCCUUGUUCGGCCACGGCAAUUCGCUGAUACAUGACACAGAACGCCGACAACUUGAUAAACGACACUGCUAAAAACGCUCAGGUCUUGAUUGAGGAAGUGGCGUCGACGAGGCAUGGUGGCGCACUGCAUGUUCGAAUCGGUUGAGAAGAGGUCGCGAUUGGCACUCAAGUAAAAUAACUUGGCCACUUGAGCUUGUGUGAGUGCCAAUUGGGCAGCAAUUCGUGGAUCGGGGCAAAGGACAACUUUGAACGCCGCACGUCGAACCACCAUAGCAAUGGAUCAGGUCCGAGACUUGGCGAAGGGUGCACCGCGAGCACGGCGAGCGAGAUCACUGGCCCACAUGGCGCACGCAGUUCCUUCCGUGAUCGUACCAGAACACCAUGG